GUGGCAUUUAAAGUUACCUAUAUUUUAUCGAUAAAGCAAGUACAUAACAUAAACAUAAUCUUUGGGAAUUUCUACUUCUAUUUUUAUUAAAUCAUCGCAAUUUUAUCAAAAUAGACACAGAAGAUGGUGAAAGAGUUUCGUUUUCUAACUACACAGAUUAAUUAAGAAUUGGAUAUUCGUUUACUAAUAAGAUUGUUAAAGAAUGGAUAUAGACCACUAAAUAAAUUCAUAAAUUUAGAUUUUACGUCGGCUGUGGUAUUUAAUCUCAUUGAUACAUUAAAUGAAUACUUCUUCUGACGAACUCCGGUUCUCUUGUAGACAUGUCACAACGCAAAAAAAUGGAUACACAGCAUGUAGGAGGUUACUGGUUUUAUGAGAAGGACUUAAUUGGAAAAGGAACUUUUGGAAAGAUAUAUCGAGCGCAAAGAGAAGGAUCAAAGGGAUCUGAGAAUAUGGUAGCAAUUAAAGAGAUAAAUUUGAAGCCAUGCAGUACGAAGGACAAAGAACAUGUUCAAAGGGAGGCAGAGGUUCUUCAAACAUGUCGGCACGAAAAUCUCGUGCAGUUUGUGGAGUCAUUUAGUAAGGAUAACUACCUUUAUAUAGUUAUGGAGUUGUGCAAUGGGGGAAAUCUACGAAAGCGUAUAAAUGAAAAUGAAGGCUUAAAAGAGAGAGAAUGUAUUAAUAUAUUGGAACAAAUAUGUAAUGGUCUAAAGUAUUUACAUGACAAAAACAUUGCACAUCGUGAUGUGAAAACCACAAAUAUUCUAUUGCAAAAACAAAAUGGCGAACUUGUUGUUAAAAUUGGCGAUUUCGGAGUUGCAAAAGUGAUGGACAUGUCCCGACCAACUGUUGGUGUAGGAUCCCCAUACUUCAUGAGUCCUGAAAUGAUCAGCGGAAAACCGUACGACCAAAGCACGGAUAUUUGGAGUCUAGGUUGCUGCGCCUAUGAAAUGGCCACGACAGAUGUUCCUUAUGAAGCAAAGAAGAUUGAUAGUCUAAAGCGGAGAAUAAAUGAAAAACAAGUGGAGAGUUCUAAAAUUCCGUAUUGCAGGCAUAUGCAGGAUCUUAUCUCAGCAAUGAUGGAAAAGGAAAAAACACGUAGACCCAGUGCUCAACAGAUACUAACCUUUCUUCAUCAACAUAAUCCUACUACGCACACAACUGAGCCUCCAGAAACCGAAGGACGAAGAGUUCCUAACCAAUUUGCCAGUACUUGGCCAGGCAGAGCAUCUACGUCUCAAAGUAAACCCACCCAUGACACUAGUGGAUAUGACACUAACGAUGAACAAAGCAACGAGGAGUGCAGUAUUGUACAUGUCCCAGUGAAAAUGACAGAAGAAGAAAAGGACUACCUGGCUAAAGCAGAUCAAUUACAGAAAGAUAUAUGUAAGAAGCUUGGUGGCGACACAGACCUCCUAUCUAAAAUCAACGUUGUAAUUGGAAGAACGAAGCACAUGGAUAAUGACACCAAAUUCAUGGCUGAUAUGGAGAAACUACUUGACAGAACAGCGUUUGCUAAAUGCAGGGUUGAUCUGAAGGCAUUAUGGAUUUACCAAACGGAACUUCUGAAGAAAAAUUUCAAAAUUGCUUGGAGCUGAUCCUCUAAUUGUUGAUUUAAUUGUGAUUACCUUCAUUUCUGUUAAACAACCAUUUGUACUAGGAGAUUGAUGAAUCUCAUAGCACAGGCGAUUAGAUUUUCAUUUUUUUUUUGCAUGUGCUCGUGUGCAUAGAAAUAGGUUCAAGAAUUUUGCUUUAUCAUCGUAAACAACAAAACUGAUAAGAUAUCCGAAUGCUGAUAUGAUUUUGAAACCUUUGUUAACUUUUCCCAUUGCGAUAUUCCAUAGAAAUCCUGUAGACUGAUUUAGGUUACACUAAAUUUGAACAUUUCCAAUGAUUUAUAAGCUUUCGUAAGUUUUGACAUCUGUACAGGACAUCAUUUUAAAGUCCGCUCAUUUCAAGACAACGAUAAAAAAUUAUACUGGUCCACUACAUUGAAUGGGCAAAGGUUUGUAUAGUAUGGUGUGUUUCUUUCAAUUUAAUCAAUCCACAUUAAUUUCAUAACUAUAUACUUAACACAAAUCGUAAUCGAGAAUCGGAGCAUUCCUUACAGAUUUUGUUUUUAUAAUGUUUAAAGACUAUUUCCUUUGUUGUACCAUUUCUGUCUUCAGGGCUUUAUAAAGUAUGGGCAUUUUAUUUAUUUCUGUCUUCAGGGUUUUAUAAAGUAUGGACAUUUUAUUUCGUAUAGUUAGCUACCCGCUAGAAAUGGUCAUUGGUCUCUAAUUACGGCCAAUAUAAAUUUUCACAACACUGCAAAAAAAACGUGAAGACAUAUUUUUCCAAUGGGCAGUUGAAACUCCUGGUUUUAUAUUUGUUUUCUAACCAUUCUGGAAAAUGUUUCUAGUGUGAUAAGAAACCAUUUUCACGCAGAUGUAUGUAAAUAUACUGAACAAUUUUUAAAACCAUUAACAUCAAUUUCAAACUUUAAAGAUUAACACUGCAAUAUUUGAAGUUAUUGAUAAGUAGAGAGCAUAUACCUCUUAAUUGUUAUACUUUUUCGUAAGACCUAUGUGCCAAAACGUUCAUUUUGGUACUGACUUUAUCAAAACGAACAUUGUUUGAUAUGUAAAAAAUGCGUGGUGUAGAUUCUAAUUAGAUUGAUUUAUUUAAUUUUAGUCUUUUAUACAUAUUUUGUAAUGCGCCCCCUUCGUAUCUAAACUCUAACAAUGAUUUUAUUCAAUUUGAGUUUUAUCAUUUCGAGUCUAACAUGUCACCAAGGAUUUUUAUAUACUGUACAUUGUUUCUGUGGGUUUCUUUUCCAUCUCGCCGCUAUGACGUUUGACGCUAUGACGUAAUAAUUGUGACGUACAAAGAGUGAAUUGUUUCUUAAUAGCACACAAUUUCCAGUCUUUUUUUGUUUAAUACUUUUCUGGUCGUGUUAGAAUAAAUAAUAUUGCACUUUGCACAAUGAUCCAUUGAAAUUAUUUUAAACUGGUAUUCCAAUCUAUUUUUGUUUUGAAACCUUGUCAGCGCAACUUCUGAACAGGUGCUUGAACUUCAUGAAACUUUACACCAAAGGUAUGAAGUGUAGCUGUGCAUAUCAUCGUUAUGUUCUGCUCCGAUGAUAUUUUUCAUUCAGUAAUUCACUUUUGGUAAUUAAAUCAAGAAAUUAAGAACUAAUUGAAUCUCCUUAUACAAUAAUGUCGUUAUUACUUUUCUCUUUUUAUGUCACAUUUCCUGAUAACAUGUAUACUAAAUGCAGUGGGCAUGCAUGACAUAUUCUUUUUUACAUUUCCUGAUAACCUGCAAACUAAAUGCAGUGGGCAUGCAUGACAUAUUCUUUUUUACAUUUUACCCCCUAAUGAUAUUAAUGUAAAUUAUCUUGUUCAAUUUUAUCUAUUGUUUUAGUAUUUGCUAGAGAUUUUUUGCAUUUAUUGUAUAAUUAUGUUCUUUGCAAAGGAAGAAUGAACUGAUAUUAGGUGAGUUAAGUGCCAAAUAUGAUGGCCAUCAGUCCGAAUGAAUAACUGUUCUAUUUUUGUAUAAAACGAGGGUUAAUUUAAUGUUACGGUUGAUAUUGGUUAUUCAGAACGAGUUAUACUUGAAUAUGUGAUAACUCGAAUUGCAAUAUUUAGUUAUCAUGAUUUUGUAUCAUUCAUAGUGCCUUCGUAAGUUUUAAGAUGCAUUUACAUUGACGUUUGCGAGCUCUAUCUUGUCAUUUUAUUGAAAUGCAAAACACAAGUCAUUACAAGUCAUUGUACAAAGUCUUCUACUAAAACGGAUCAUUUACACAAUGUAGAUAAUAAAAACAGAAAUGUGUCUAUUUAUGUCGCCAAAUGUAUUACAUAAUUGUAUUAUACAAACAAUGUCCCAGCCCGCCCGCUUAGCUCAGUAGGUAAGAGCGUUGGUAUACGGAUCUCGGGGUCGCGAGUUCGAUCCUCGGGCGGGGCGUAUUUGAUAAACGAUACUGUGUCUGAUAUCAUUAGUCCUCCACCUCUGAUUCAUGUGGGGAAGUUGGCAGUUACUUGCGGAGAACAGGUUUGUACUGACACAGAAUCCAGGAACACUGGUUAGGUUAACUGCCCGCCGUUACAUGACUGCAAUACUGUUGAAAAAUGGCGUUAAACCCAAAACAAACAAACGAUGUCCCCGUGGGUCCAAAACCUUCUGGAAAUUAUAUAAAUAAACUUAUCAAAUUUGUCAAACUUGAUAUGUUGUCAUCAAAAAUAAUAUUUGUCAGGAAAGUGUCAUUAAUUUGAAAUGCAAAAUAUUUUUUCUAAACGGUCUUUUUCAUCAAUAGAUAAUGUUAAAUCUGUAGAAAUUUUGCACUUUUUAAAGAACUGCAACUGAAAAUAUGUGAUCUAUGUUAAUAAAAUCGUAGACAAGAUUA